CUGCGCCUGGUCUGCUGGUCCCGGACCGGCCAGGAAGGUAUCCAUCUGGCGUGUGUAUCUCCUUGGGAAGUGCCACCCGCGGAUUGUGUUGCAUUCUGCUCCUGUUAGAAAGUAACGAGAGACCCGAGUGGAGUAGCAGCAGCAGCAGCAGGCCCAUUGAGGAGAGCAAUAGCCAUGUCUUCCAGCUCAGCGAUGGUGCGGAUCCUGAUAAAGGGCGGCAAAGUGGUGAACGACGACUGCACCCAGGAGGCCGACGUCUACAUCGAGAACGGCAUCAUCCAGCAGGUGGGGAGGGAGCUGAUGAUCCCCGGCGGGGCCAAGGUGAUCGACGCCUCGGGGAAACUGGUGCUGCCCGGGGGCAUCGACACCAGCGUCCACCUGGAGGAGAGCUUCAUGAACGCCACCACGGCCGAUGAUUUCUACAGCGGCACCAAGGCUGCUUUAGCCGGCGGCACCACGAUGGUGAUCGGACACGUUCUGCCGGAGAAGAAUGAGUCCUUGCUGGAAGCCUACGAGAAGUGCCGCAGCUCGGCCGACUCCAAAUCCUGCUGCGACUACGCUCUGCACGUAGGAGUUACUUGGUGGGGGCCCAAGGUGCGAGCCGAGAUGGAGAAGCUGGUGAGAGAAGAAGGCGUGAAUUCCUUUCAGAUGUUCAUGGCUUACAAGGAGACGUUCAUGCUGAGGGACAGCGAACUCUUCCAGGCGCUGCAUCACUGCAAGGACAUCGGAGCCAUCGCGAGGGUCCACGCCGAGAACGGAGAACUGGUGGCGGAGGGUGCAAAGGAGGCGCUGGAUCUCGGCAUCAGUGGCCCAGAAGGGAUUGAAAUCAGCAGGCCUGAAGAGCUGGAAGCAGAGGCAACCCACAGGGCAAUUACCAUCGCUAACAGGGCCCACUGCCCGAUCUACCUUGUGAACGUGUCCAGUAUGUCUGCAGGAGAUGUAGUGGCCACAGCGAAGAUGCAAGGUAAGGUUGUCCACGGAGAGACGACCACGGCGCACACCGUCCUGACCGGCAUGCAGUACUAUCACCAGGACUGGGCCCACGCUGCCGCCCACGUAACCGUGCCUCCUCUCCGCCUGGACCCCAACACUCCCACUUUCUUAAUGAGCCUGCUGGGAAACGACACUCUGAACGUCGUGGGGUCCGACCACCGUCCAUUCACCAUCAAACAGAGAGCCAUGGGCAAGGAUGACUUCACAAAGAUCCCCCACGGGCUUCCCGGCAUUCAGGACCGUAUGAGCGUCAUCUGGGAGAAAGGAGUGAUUGGAGGUAAAAUGGACGAGAAUCGCUUUGUAGCAGUCACAAGCUCGAACGCAGCCAAAAUCUACAACCUCUACCCGAGGAAAGGCAGGAUCAUCCCGGGAGCAGAUGCUGAUGUGGUGGUUUGGGACCCCGAGGGAUCCAAGACCAUUUCUGUGGAUAACCAGGUCCAGGGAGGCGAUAUAAACCUUUAUGAAGGUCUCCGUUGUCACGGCGUACCCCUGGUGACCAUCAGCCGCGGGCGCCUGGUCUAUGAAAAUGGCAUCUUCACAUGCGCCGAGGGCUCUGGAAAGUUCUGCCCGCUGAGGACUUUCCCAGAUUACCUCUACAAGAAGAUGGUCCAGAGGGAAAAGUGCCAGGCGGUGAAAGCUGUAGAGCGGGAGCCCUACACGGGCGAAGUCGUCACCUUGGCAAAUUCAGGGAAGAGGGACUUUGGAGCUUCGGACCUGGACACUCCGACGCGCCCCUGCACCCGGCACGGGGGCGUGAGGGACCUCCAUGAGUCCAGCUUCAGCCUGUCUGGUGCUCAGAUCGACGACAAGAUUCCAAAGAGAUCCUCGGCCAGGAUCCUCGCUCCUCCUGGAGGGAGAUCCAGCGGGAUCUGGUAACGAGUCAGACGUCCGUUACUAAAAAGCAGAAGAAAUGAUACCCGAGGGAAACGUACGGCCGAGCAAGAAGACUUGUUUUGUUUUUUUGUUUUUUCCCUUUCUUUCUGGAAACCUAGAAUACUGUAUGUGUGGACCGUAUGGCCACAGUUAUAUUGGAAAAGUGGUUAUAGCUACCAAAUUUCAGUCAAAUGUUAACCAAAUAUAAGCAGAAGAUGGAAAAAAAAAUAAUAAUAAUGAGUUGCCAUUGUGUUACUUUGUAUCAUGUUAGGGGAUAAAUUGUUGUAUCUUAAUAAUAGUUUUAGGGAUAAGGAGGCGAGUCAUUGGUUUUUAUUACGAUGCGAUUGUGUUACCUCACUGUAAAUUACGAUUUUUGCACUUGUAUCAUGUUCUAUUUAGAUGCCUUUUUACAUGAUUUAUCGUCACGAAAUGUCUUUUUACCGCGAGUCAUGGUGAAUGAAAUGCAAUAAAUUAUUAAAAGGACUUCGACAUAAAAAUGUCAGUUACUAAAAAGAAAAAAAAAAAAAAAAGUUGCUAUCGAUCAAUUGUUAAAAAAUACCCUAAUUCAUUUUUUUUUUUUAAUAUUUGUGUUAUUUUCUUUUGAUGCUACUGUUGCAGAGUUUGGGAUCAUGUUUACAGCAUCAUAGCAGAACGGGCUCCUGUUCCACCCCACACCUAAUGUGAAUGAAAAUACGCUGAGUAUUGUGCAUGGUGGCAGAGCACUACUACUACUGAUCACAGUAUUCUUUGUGAUCAUUUCCACAGAGAGUAAAAAAAAAAAAAAAAAAAAAAAAAAAAUCUCACCCAAACUGCCUUCUUCACCGACACCCUCAAACACAUCGUCCCAUCCUGCCGCCGCUGCUGCUGCAGAUCGUGACUCACUGAUCGAGGUUUUACAACUUGUUCGACUGGUUCUGGUCUGAAGCAGCAGGAUGUAAACGUUCCUCUGGCUGACACUUCCAAUGUAGCACACCACUGUGAAGCAUACAGAGAAGGGGAUCCUCUUUAGCUUCCACAUGAGCAUAAAAGCAGAGAUGUUAGUCAGUUAAUGCCAAGCCUUCAGGGGAUCAGAUGCCUUCUUAUGCCACCCAACGUUUGUAUGUUUGUUUAGCGACUACAGAAAAGCACUGAUACUUUUUUUUUUAAGUUGUCAACUACUGUAUAUUUAUUGUUUUUUAAAAAAUGUUUGCUUGUGAAUAAUUGUCUUAGUAACUUGAUUGUAUUUUUGUCAAAAACUGCAGUGUAAGCAGGGAUGCACGUAAGAGUUAGCUCAUUUUUUUUUAUUAGACCCGGUUAUGUUCAGGAGAUGAUCGUGAUACAGUAAACUAUGUUGUUUAAUUUUUUUAUUAUUUUUUUGUUUUGGGGACAGAUUUCACUUUUGUUCAGGAUUAUGCUCCAGUGAAUUUUGCCGUGUCUUUCCCCUCCCAAAUGUCCACUGGUGCUGAACAAUGUAUGGUCACAUUGAAUUCCUUUAUUUCUUAUUUCUUCUUGCAGCUCUUUAUCACAUGAUUUGAGUGCAAAUAAACCACAGUGAAAU